AUGAUGGUGAUGAUGAUGAUUAUUAUUAUUAUGAUGAUGAUGAAGAUGAUGAUGAUGAAUCAGUCUCCAGCCCCGAGCUUCACCAUCCGCUCCAUCCUGGGCACCGCGGCGGAGAGCGCGAGGCAGGACGGCGGAAGCGGAGGUGCAGGUGGAGGUGGAUCGCGUGCAGGAGCAACAGGAGCAGCAGGAGCGUCGGUGUCGGUGGCGCAGAGGAGGCGCGCGCUCUCGGUGUCCUCGGACGGCUGCAGCGCUGAAGAGGAGGAGUGUACCACCGGUACCGAGUGUUUCUGCAAACUCCAACACACACUCUGCUCCAAAACCCGCCCGAAUGUGACAGUCAACAAAGCCUCGUCGGAAGAGAAAGAGCACAAGCUGCACAACUGCACCAAGAAUAAUACAGACGACCAAAGACCACCUAGUCCAUGCGGUGAGAAGCGCACUGAGGGCGCCGGUGAUGAUAAAUCCAACAGUGGAGACACAGCGAAGAAGAAGACACGCACGGUGUUCUCGCGGAGCCAGGUGUUCCAGCUGGAGUCAGCAUUCGAUGCUAAGCGGUACCUGAGCAGUGCUGAGCGGGCGUGUCUGGCCUCCAGCCUGCACCUGAGCGAGACGCAGGUCAAGACCUGGUUCCAGAACCGGAGGAACAAGUGGAAACGGCAGCUGGCCGCAGAGCUCGAGGCUGCACACGUGGCUCACGCGGCCCCCUCAGCGGCUCGGACUCUGGUUGGGAUGCCGCUGGCUGGAUUCGGUGUUCCCAUGCCAAGAUCUACGGCUUUUCCGAUGUAUUAUCCCGGAAGUAAUGUUCCAGCAUUUCCUCUGUACAGUCUUUACAGUAACAUUGACUGCUGAGGUGGAAGUUUGAGGGAUGCUGCGGUGAAGAGGUUGUGUCUGCAGACAGAGACCAGUGGGCGUGUCUUUGAGUGGGUUUGAUGGGCAUGGCUUGGAGUGUGACAUUUAGUGAGACACAUGAGUAUGUUUAAAUGGGAGACAAAUGGGCGUGUCUGUGUUAUGUGGGACAGAUGGGAGUGUCUUCGAAUCGCACAAAGCGGGCAUGUCUUUACACCCAUGUAUGGAUUCAUAGGUCUCUCAGGUCAUGAGGUUAGCUCAUGUUAGCAAGUUGGCUAAUAAAAUCACUGAAAAUAUAUCUAUAUACACUCACUAGCCACUUUAAUAGGAACUUGUUCUUGAUUCUAAUAUUCCUGUUCUUGGCUGCAGGAGUGGAACCCAAUGUGGUCUUCUGUUUUCUGUUGCAUGCUGAGAUGUUUUUCUGCUCACCACAGUUGUAAAGAGUGAUUACUAUAUCCUUCCUGGCAAAAAAGAAAUCUCAAACCAAUCUGCGUUUUCCUCUGACCUCUCAAGGUGUUUGUUUCCACCCACAGAACUGUCUCAAUGUAUUUUGUUUCUCGCACCAUUCUGUCUGUAUAAACUCUAGAGACGGUCGUGUGUGAAAACCCCAGGAGAUCAACUGUUUUUGAAAUACUCAAGCCUCAUACUCAUCUGGCUCGAACCAACACCCAUGAAAGAAAGUCACACUUUCUUUGAGAUCAUGAUUUUUCCCAUUCUGAUGUUUGAACAUUGUGAACAUUAAUUAGCUGAAGCUCUUGAUUUGUAUCUGCAUGAUUUGAUUUCGUGCUGCUGUCAAGGGAUCGGCUGAUUAGAUCACUGCAUAAAACACCAGAUGGAUGCGUGUACUUAAUAAAGUGACCGGCGAGAGCAUAGGCGUGGCAAUGAAUACUUGAAGACUUCAGUAUGGACCCAAUAUGGACACGUCUACAGGCUCACCUAUGGUCAGACUCAGAGCUGCCCUCAAUUCCAUAUAUGAGCUCAAAGACACACCCACAUUCCCAUCUAUGGUAUUAAACAUCCACCCACUCCGAACUCUCAUUUUUCAUCUCUGGACUCAAUGACACGCCUUCUCUCGUCUAAGAUCUGCAGACAGACCUUACUGGUCAUGAUGAACGAUGCAAAAAUACAUCUCGAAUAUAACUCGCAACUCUACUGAUAAAAAUCAGACCACCUUGUUAUAACUAUGUUCUAAAUAAUGACUCAUUUCUGUUUCUGUAUUCAAUUUUUAAAAAUAUUUUAGAGACGUCUCACACCACACCCCAUUUACACCACUCCAUGGAAACAGAAGUAUCAAUCAGAUGAGGGUGAUGUCGUUGGAGUUUGUUUGAUUUUGUAAAAAUGGGAGUUCAAUUAUAUCAAUAAAAUCAGUAAUAUGUGUGGGGCGAUGAGAGGGAGAGAGCGUAAUCUACAGAUAGCUAGUCUGUUUUAGUUUAGCUUAGCUUAAUAACAUGUUAGCGAAUGUUAGCAUAGUUAGACUGAAAGUUCAAGUCAACCAAUAUUACUAAGCUUAUACACUUUAUAUAUAUUGUGUUUGGGUGCCAGCUAGGAUCACAAAUAAAUGACAUAUUCACAAAAAAAAAGGUGGAAAUGAAACGUGACAUCAGUACAGCGUUCUCUUAACUCCAGUACGUUUUAGCAAAGCUCCUUAGCUCACUGAACAAUGAAAUUUGUAUAACGCUAAACAUGUCGUUUCACUCGCAUAAAUGCAUUUCAUCUCCUUGUUUUCUCUACACAAACUCAGCUGUCUCGACUCGCACACAUAUAACACACAAACACACGUAGUGCACUCAAGACGCUUCCUUCUGUUUCAUUGUUCAGUGCUUCAAAGUAUUUCAAUAUGCUGAGCUUUUCGAUUAGCGUGUUCGACAUUAGCACUGAACCUUCCAGAUUAUACAGUAGCUGAUAAGAUGAUGUGAUUUGAGACACAGUUCAUCAUCAUUAUAUACA